UAACCUCAAUUAAUUACCUUGCUUUAAAAUCUCCGCCAUACAAGGAUGAGGAAGCAGUUCUAUAAAGCUUGCGUGCCCUCUAGUUGAUGGAUAGGCGGGGCUGUUUUGUCUUCAAAUGUUUAGUUUUGGGCACCUGACGCUUUUUGUUUUUGUCUGUGAUCAUCCGGUGAUGGAUUGGCUAGACAAGCAGCCGGCUAAGUCGGUUAUUUAUGUUUCGUUUGGGAGUGGAGGGACUCUGUCAGCCAAACAGAUGAUUGAGUUGGCUUGGGGUUUGGAAUUGAGCCGACAGAGAUUUAUUUGGGUGGUUCGCCCUCCCUCGGACCAUGAUGCAUCCGGAUCAUAUUUCACAAUCGUACAGAGUAUUGAUGUUGACUCGGAUUACUUGCCUGAUGGGUUCCUAAACCGGACCCGUGAUGUGGGAUUUGUGGUCCCCAUGUGGGCUCCACAAGUGGACAUCUUGAGCCAUCUUUCUGUGGGUGGAUUUUUGUCACACUGUGGAUGGAAUUCGACCUUGGAGAGCAUAAUGAACGGUGUGCCAAUGGUUGCGUGGCCGCUUUACGCAGAGCAAAAGAUGAAUGCUGCUCUGCUAGCGGAGGAGAUCGGGGUGGCUAUUCGGCCGAAGCAAUCGCCCGUGGGGGAUGGUGUGGUUGGAAGGGAGGAGGUAGAGAAGAUGGUGAGAAAGAUCAUGGUGGAAGAGGAGGGGCGUGCAAUGAGGAAGAGAGCUGUGGAAUUAAAAUACAGUGGAGAAAAGGCGUUGAGUAAGGGCGCGUGUUCAUACAAUUCAUUGUCCCAAGUGGCAAAAGAAUGCUUGCAAUGCCUCAUAGCAAAGAGCGGAGGUGCUUGAGAAGAUAAUAAUUGGGAUGUUAAACAGUAUUUGCAAUAACACUAUACUGUCCGUGUAUGUGUGACUUUCAAUAUGUAGAAGACAAAUAGAAUAGUGCAACGGUU